AGUCAAUCACAUAGGCGUCCUUAAAAUACAAGAAAAUGCUCCACAAAAUCCUCGCCACCACACAGUUCCAUCUCUUCGUCUUCCCUUCUCAGCGCCUGCGCCCAAAUUUCAACGGCUCCAAUAUCUCCGAAGUGGAUCUGUUUCUUCGACCCCAUAUCGAGAAUUAAAGAUCCUAAAUCAGGCCAGAAGUUAUUGACAGAUUACGAGUAAAAAAAGAUAGGAAGAAGAGUGCAGAGUUUGCAAACCAUGGUUGAUGUCCAAGACUAUAUCAUUCUCUUCCUCAUUUGGCUCGUAUCUGUCGUCGUGGUUCAUGCCUUGUUCACCAAGUACCGGACCAGGGUGCGACGACCACCGGGCCCACUAGCCCUACCUAUCAUCGGACACUUCCACCUCCUCGGCUCAAAACCUCACCAAUCCCUUCACAAGCUCUCGCUCCGCUAUGGACCGCUAUUUCAACUCUUCCUUGGUUCCAUCCCUUGUGUGGUAGUUUCCUCUCCGGAGAUGGCAAAAGAGUUUCUCCAAACCCAUGAUAUUUCAUUCUCCAACCGACCCAAACUCAGCAAUGCUGAUUACCUAACCUACGGCUCGGUUGAUCUUGCCUUUUCUUCAUAUGGGCCCUAUUGGAAAUUCAUGAAGAAACUUUGCAUGACCAAACUUCUCGGCCUCCAAACACUAGAGAAAUUUGUCCCAGUUAUGAGAGAAGAGAGACAUCUAUUUUUGCAAACACUAUUGGGAAAAGCUGAAGCAGGUGAGACAGUUGAUGUUAAAGGAGAGAUUAUGAGGCUAACAAACAACUUAGUAACAAGAAUUCUUCUGAGGCACAGGUGUUCUGGGAAUGAGGAUGAUGCUAGCGAAGUGAGAGAGUUUAUGAAAGAGAUAGUACAGCUCACAGGCAGUUUUAACUUGGCAGAUUUUAUCUGGUUUUGUAAGAAUUUGGAUCUGCAAGGAUUUAAGAAGAGAGUCAAAGAAGCUCGUGGAAGGUUUGAUACAAUGAUGGAAAGGAUUAUGAAGGCUCAUGAAGAAGAAAGGAGGAAGAAAAGGGAUCCGAAUAAUGGAGGAGACACAGUGAAUGACUUGCUUGAUAUUUUACUUGAUAUAAUCGAAGAUGAGAAAGAGGAGAUGAGACUGACAAGAGAGAACGUCAAGGCCAUCAUCCUGAAUAUUUUUGGAGGGGGAACGGAUACAUCUGCUGCAGCAGCAGUAUGGGCAGUAGCAGAGCUAAUUAACCACCCAAACAUUAUGGAGAAAGCAAGACAAGAGAUAGAUUCUGUAGUGGGAAAGGAUAGACUUGUGGAAGAAUCAGAUAUCGCAAACCUUCCUUAUCUUCAAGCCAUUGUUAAGGAGACACUUAGGCUCCAUCCUCCUGGUGCAGUGAUCGCUAGAGAAUCUAUUGAAGAUUGCACCAUCAGAGGUUAUGAUAUUCCUACAAAGACACAAUUAUUUGUUAACUUGUGGGCUAUUGGAAGGGACCCAAAUUACUGGGAGAACCCACUUGAGUUCUGGCCUGAGAGGUUCCUGAGAGAGGAUGGGAGUUUAAAGAGUCAGUUGGAUGUAAAGGGGCAACAUUUUCAUCUACUGCCAUUUGGGAGUGGAAGGAGAAUAUGCCCUGGAAUUUCACUAGCACUACAGGUUGUUCAGACAAGCUUGGCUGCUAUGAUUCAAUGUUUUGAAUGGAGGGUUGGUGGAGGAAAUGGAAAUGUUGAUAUGGAAGAGGGACCUGAUGCAGCCCUCGCACACCCUUUGGUUUGUGUCCCAGUGGCCAGGUUGAAUCCAUUUCCAAAUUAUACAAUGUAAACAAAGUGACCCUAUGCCAGAAAUGUCUAUCAUAUGGUGUAAUUUUUAGCAAGAAUUUCAUUUUCAGUGGUA